CACGGUUCUAAAACCCUAAUCCGUGCGACUUUUAUUGAACUCAUCUCGGUUUCAAGUCUCAUUUUUAUGACGUUAGCCGGUCUGUGGAGUCCGUAUAGAUUUAAUUCUUUGGCAAUUCUUGCGCCUCUGAUUCUAAAGCAGCUUCCUUUGAUAGGUUUGGUUUAAUUGGGUAUUUAUUUUCAGGGUCUAAUGGCUGCUAAUACUGACCUCCCGCCAGGUGUGGACAAAGAGCAGGUUUUUGGCAUGCUAGCUAUGGAGAUGGAGUAUAAGGUAGAGCUGUUUAACAGGCUUGCUAUGGCAUGUUUCAACAAGUGUGUUGAUAAGAGGUACAAGGAACCUGAGCUAACUAUGGGUGAAAACAGUUGCAUUGAUCGCUGUGUUUCAAAAUAUUUUCUGGUGAAUGGUAUAAUCGGCCAGAUGCUUAGUGCGGGUCAGCGUCCAAUGUGAAUUCAUACUUGUUAUAAUUUGGAAUUUUUGUUCUGAAUGAAAACAUGCUGUUAAGUAGGACAGGGGAAGGAGACUGAAACUGUGUACUGUGUUAUAUUCUAUCAUGUGCCUCCAAUCCAUGAGGUCAUUCUGUUUUGCUCCAGAUUUAACAACAGUUUUGGCGCUUUAUAAUUUUUAACCCCAGUAAUAAUGAGUAUUUCUUUUGUGAUA